AUGGCGCCGGGUUGCAAAGUGGCCGUGAUCGGCUCCGCUGGCAAUGUAGGCGCCAGCGUCGUGUUCUCGCUAGUCAACACCACCUAUCCGGCCGACAUCAUGAUGGUAGACGUGAACCAGCGGCUGGUGCGCGGCCAAGCGAUGGACCUGGCCGACGCCGCCUGGCCCACCGGCCACCGCGUGCGCACCGCCAACUUGAAGGAGGCCGGCCAGGCCGAUUUAAUCAUAAUCACCGCCGGUGCGCGCCAGCAGCCCGGCGAAUUGCGCGACGGUUUGCUGGACCGCAACUACGAGAUACUGCACAGUAUCCUGAGCGGCCUGAAGCCGGUGAAUCCAAAUGCCGUGGUUCUGAUGAUCUCCAAUCCUGUGGAUGUCCUGACCGGCAUUGCACAGAACAUCACCGGGUUGCCCAAAAGCCAGGUGUUUGGCUCCGGCACAUUGCUUGAUAGCGGCAGGCUGCGCAAUUAUCUGGCCAAGCUUAUCAACGUCCGCCAGACCUCGAUCCACUGCCAUGUGCUGGGCGAGCACGGCGACAGCCAGUUCGUCGGGUGGUCGUCGGCGCGCAUUGGUGGUGUGAAGCUCGAUCAGUUCCCCGAAAUGCAGACUAUCGAUAAGGCUAAGAUCGAACAUGAUAUUGCCCGCACUGCUUACGAUAUCAUUGAGGCCAAGGGCGCUACCUACUAUGGCGUUGGCGUAUGCGGCGCAAUCCUGGCCACCUCGGUCCUGCAGAACCAGCAUGAUAUCCGCAGCGUUUGCUGCCAUUCGACCAAGUGGGGCGGAUAUGUGUCUACUCCUGCUGUUAUUUGCUCGCGUGGAAUCGACCGUGUCCUUGAGCUUGACCUGGACAACGAGGAGACGGAGAAAAUGGAGCAUGCGGUUGAGCGUAUUAAGGGGCAGACCAAGAGAUUUGUUGAAUAG